GUGAUAGCCGGCCAGAAGAAGGCGGCCCCGUGCUCUGGAUGCUUGAAGGCUCGAUCGGCCUGCUAAUUUUUCAAAGAGCCAGGAGGAGUCGGUUAGGCUAUCCGUGGCCAUUUACUCCGACACUUCUAUUCUUGACGAAGCAGCUAUUGUACGCACAUCUUUUGUCAUCAAUAUUCACUAAUAAUAUUUCAAAAUGUUAUUCUCACUUUGAAGGAAAAUUCGUAGGUAUUUUCUACCCUCAGUUUCAGUGGAUCAGCCAUUCUCACCAGGAUGACUCGUGGUUUUGAUGUUGUUAUAAUUGAUGAAGCCAUGCAAGCUGUAGAACCAACGACUCUUGUACCCCUGGUUCAUGGAUGCAGACAAGUUUUUCUUGUUGGCGACCCAGUUCAGUUGCCAGCAACUGUAAUUUCAUCGACUGCUCAGGAGUUAGGGUAUGGAACAAGUUUGUUCAAGAGAUUUCAAGCUGCUGGUUUUCCUGUGCAAAUGCUCAAAAUUCAGUAUCGUAUGCACCUAGAGAUAGCAUCCCGCUGUCAAUUCAUCUGAGCUGAAAACUGGAACGGUUUUCUGAUUUUGUUAACCCAUUACCGAAAAAGGCUUUCGCCCCGCUUUAUAUUAUAAAGCAAACCGCCCAGGCCAAGCAUCCAACAAGGUUUAACAAAGCGCGCACACACACGCAGACGGAGGUCCACAAGAACACAAAGAAGCAUUUUGGGUAUCCUAUGAAGAAGCACUUCUCCGAUUUGGGUUCAAGCUUAUCAAGUUGAAACUUUUUCACAUAAGCAUCGUAGCCCCA